AUGUGCGCAGGGUUCUGUUGUUCAUCAUGUCACCCAAUACCAGACCGAAGGACGUCAGGUGAAAUUGCCAAGAGGUUAACAGAACCUUCUGGAUAUUUAACAGAUGGACCAAUAAAUUAUAAAUAUAAAACUAAAUGUACAUGGUUAAUUGAAGGAUACCCAAAUGCAAUACUAAGAUUAAGAUUUAAUCACUUUGCCACAGAAUGUAGCUGGGACCAUAUGUAUGUAUAUGAUGGAGAUUCAAUAUAUGCACCUUUAAUAGCUGUGUUUAGUGGCCUAAUAGUCCCUGAAGUACGUGGAAAUGAAACUGUUCCUGAAGUAGUUACUACAUCUGGCUAUGCAUUGCUACACUUUUUUAGUGAUGCUGCUUAUAACCUAACUGGAUUUAACAUUUUUUACUCGAUUAAUUCUUGUCCCAAUAACUGCUCAGAACAUGGAAAGUGUACAACCAGUGUGUCCAUACCAAGCCGGGUGUAUUGUGAGUGUGACAAGUAUUGGAAAGGAGAAGCUUGUGAUAUUCCAUAUUGCAAAGCCAACUGUGGCAGUCCAGAUCAUGGGUACUGCGAUUUGACAGGCGAGAAGUUGUGUGUUUGCAAUGAUAGCUGGCAAGGUCCAGAUUGUUCUUUGAAUGUCCCUUCCACGGAGUCUUACUGGAUUCUACCAAACGUAAAGCCAUUCAGCCCUUCUGUGGGCCGGGCUUCCCAUAAGGCGGUCCUGCACGGGAAAUUUAUGUGGGUGAUUGGUGGAUACGCUUUUAACUACAGUUCAUUCCAAAUGGUGUUGAACUACAAUUUGGAGAGCAGUAUAUGGAACGUGGUACCUGUAUCCAAAGGGCCACUCCAGAGAUAUGGACACACUCUUGCUUUAUAUCAGGAAGACAUCUACAUGUAUGGGGGCAAAAUUGAAACAAAUAAUGGCAAUGUUACUGAUGAGCUGUGGAUUUUCAACAUACACAGUCAAACAUGGAGUACCAGAACUCCCGCAGUACUUGUACAUGGCCAGCAGUACGCUGUGGAAGGUCAUUCAGCACACAUAGUAGAGCUGGACAGCAGAGAUGUGGUUAUGAUUAUCAUUUUUGGAUAUUCUGCCAUAUAUGGUUACACAAGCAUUGUACAAGAAUACUACAUCAGGUCUAAUUCUUGGCUCGUACCAGAAACAAAAGGAGCAAUUGUACAAGGUGGAUAUGGCCAUACUAGUGUCUACGAUGAACUGACAAAAUCUGUUUAUGUCCAUGGUGGAUACAAAGCAUUACCUGGCAAUAAGUAUGGAUUGGUGGAUGAUCUUUACAAAUAUGAAAUUAAUACUCGGACAUGGACUAUUUUGAAAGAGAGUGGUUUUGCAAGGUAUCUUCAUUCAGCUGUCUUAAUCAACGGAGCUAUGCUCAUUUUUGGUGGCAACACUCAUAAUGAUACUUCCCUGAGUAAUGGUGCAAAGUGCUUUUCUGCUGACUUUCUUGCAUAUGAUAUAGCUUGUGAUGAAUGGAAGAUUUUACCAAAACCAAAUUUGCAUCGAGAUGUCAACAGAUUUGGUCACACUGCUGUUGUCAGUAAUGGGUCUAUGUAUAUAUUCGGAGGUUUUUCGAGUGUUCUUUUGAAUGACAUCCUUGUGUACAAGCCUCCAAACUGUGAAGCAUUCAGAGAUGAAGAACUGUGUAAAAACGCUCGUCCAGGGAUAAGGUGUCUGUGGAACAAGAAACAUUGCGAAUCCUGGGAAUCAGGACAUGCUAAUAACAUCCUUCGAGCAAAAUGUCCUAAGAAAACAG